AUGGCGGAGCGGCGGCGGCGGGCCCGCGUGCAGGGCGGCUGGGCCGGCGGGGCGGCGGGGCGGCUCGCAGCACCUAAGGCACCUGUGGCCAGCAGCCUUGCCCCUGCAGGCACUAAACCAGUGUGGAUCAGGAAGGAUCAGCCUCACACUCAAAAGCAAUUUGUCUUUGAAAAGCCACCAGAGGUGGAGCGCAAAGUUCCCGAGGCAGGUGUGAUAGACAAGCCCGGUGUGUAUGAGCUCAGCAGAGUACCGACGGGCAUUUCUAGGAUUAAUUUGAUUCCUGGUUUUAUUGACUCGGAACAAGCAGACUGGAUGUUUGAACAACUCCUCCAAGACAUACCCUGGGGUCAGCGAACUCACGUCAGACAGGAAGUAUCUUUUGAGGAACCAAGGCUUACCUCCUGGUUUGGGGAACUUCCGUACACGUACUCCAGGAUAACAAUGCAGCCAAACCCAAAUUGGCAUCCUCUGCUGACCACGCUGAAGGAGCGCAUCGAAGAGUUCACAGGCUUUACCUUCAACUCUCUUCUCUGCAACCUCUACCGAAAUGAGAAGGAUAGCGUCGACUGGCACAGUGACGAUGAACCAUCACUGGGAAAAAAUCCUGUCAUUGCCUCGCUCAGCCUUGGUGCUACCCGGACCUUUGAGAUGAGGAAGAAGCCCUCCCCUGAAGAGAAUGGUGACUAUACUUACGUGGAAAGACUAAGGAUCCCGCUUGAUCACGGGACUCUGCUGCUGAUGGAAGGAGCCACCCAGGAGGAUUGGCAGCAUCGAGUACCUAAGGAAUAUCAUUCUAGAGAUGCACGGAUAAACUUGACCUUUAGGAUCAUUUAUCCAGAACCUGAUGGAGUUUGGAAGUAAAGAGGCACUUCGGCAUUGUUGGAUGUAAACCUACAGCAGAUCGAGAGCCAGAGGUUGCUACAGAUUUAAAGGAUGCCUUACAGGAGCAGAGUUCUGUGAAAUAUCUGAUGGGGAAAAGAAUCGAUAUUCUGACGACCUUUGACAAUCAGAAGCUGCCUGUGUUAUGUGGACAGUGCCGUUUUGUUUUCUGAAAUGAUACACUAUUAGACGAUACUAAAUCACAGUCUUUAAGUUUGUGAAAAAAACAGUGAUCAUGCUUAAAAGAACACAAAGCACAUGGAAGGUCUGAGAGGUGCCGACUGGAGCAGAAAGAUUCCGUGAGCAGUUGUUUUUCCCCCUUCUGUUGUCUCUGCUUUCUGCCCAGGUAGUGAUCUGUGUUGUAAGUAAUGACAAGACAGGGUUCUUUUGUGUACAUAUGCUGCGUGUGCAGAAAUGAGAAGGCUGCACUUCACCAUGAUCUCCAACUAUUACUCAUUUCACCAAGGAGUAGUGUGUUGCUUUUUAUUAGUAGGUUGCAAAGUCUUUUCCAAUGAAGCAAUCAGUUUCAUUAUUUAUAUAACUGCUUGAAUUGCGUUGUUGCCUAGCAGAACAGAGGGUCAAGCCUCCCUCUUGCUGCGCACUCUGUGGUCAGACUUUAUCCUAACUGUUUAUCUGUGUAGACAAGACAGAUGAAGGCGAGCAACAGCGACCCGUUCACCACGAGCCUUAUCAGCCAGAUCGAAGCUGCCCAUUGCUUGAGUAUCAACAGUCUUCCAUCCCUGCUGGCUUCACACUGUUACCUCUGUGUCAUGGGCAGGAAAAUAGACACAAAGAGAUUAAAAGCAUUGCUUUCAGAAUUAGCUAAUAAAUUCUUGGUUUCUUUUUUUUGGUUUUAGCACAACUAAGUUGUGGGUUUCAGGUGGGGCAGGAGAUGUCAGCAUCUCUAAAAAUGAGGCUCGUGCUGCCAAAUUUGAUACCCCAAAGAACUGGUCCGAAGAUUUGGACCGAAAUUAUGAUAAUCACAAUGUAAGUCGGUUGCAAAGUUACACCAAGUAGAGUGUAGUAGCACCAGUGCAGCACUCACUGUGACACUACUGCUCCUAGGUCUGUGCAUAUUGCGUUAAAGAAUAUUAUUUGGAGGGCUGUCACUCGAAACUGCUGUUACAGAGGAGCAGCUCAGACCUGAUUCUAGGUCGACUUGCUGGAAUUCUUCAGGUUUGCCAGCCCCAGGUACAUCUCACCCGUUGGAGGAACCAGCGAGCUGGUGGCUGCUGUCUGAGUGUUCAGUCAGGUGUGCUGCCUGCGUGGUCACCUUCUUGCUGUGGCUAAACAGCAUCCCCUGUACCAGAUCCGAACAGGCGUUUGGCAUGUCUUCGCUGCCUGCCUGAGGUAGGAUUUAAGUGUGGAUAAAUGCUGUCUGCCUUGUAACACAUUAACAUUGUUAAGCAAGCUAGCGUCCCUCUUCAGUGCAAGGAUAAGUUGGUGUUUAGAAAAUGUUUAUCUUUACCUAGCCAGCAUUUGCUGUAGUUUAAAAUUCUUACUUGAUGAGAGCCAUCAAGUUAUUAAUACUCAAUUAUGCCUCUGUUUUAAUGUUACUGAUGACCUAAAGGACAGACUGUUGAGCCAUUUCAGUCCCUGCGCUCUUAAAUUGGGCAGAAUCAUUUUCUUUGUAGAUCAGACAACUCCAGAAACAGCUUCUCUACCUAAAGCAGCAUACAGCUUUUGAAAUAUUCUUCUAAAGUGAAUGAAUAUCGUUAGAAAACUUACUUUGUUAUCUAUUAAUGUCUUCACUUUCAUCCCAGUUUGUAUAGAAAUGCCCUUUUGGAGUAUAUUUGAUGUUAAUUCCUUGCAUUUGAAUCUAAGAUCUGGGCUCUGUGAUGUAUCUCCUGGGAAUUAGUGUUGAAGGAGGCAGAUGCUUACCUUCACGUUUACUUUCUUUGGGUAGCUGGAGCUCUGUGCAUGUCCCUGUGUGUGCCCAGGUUUGGCAGUCCUGACAGAGAGUGCUUUCCCUUAACCAAGGGGCAGUCCUAAUUUCUCCAGGUAUUCUGUAGCCUUUUAUGAGUUCAUACAAGCGAAAUUUAUUUACACUGUGUUAAGAGCAGUCAUGCUGCGAGAGAGAGGAGGAGAUGGGGGCCUAAGACAGAAACUUUUAAACCCCCAAACUUCAGCCUGUGGAAAUUGCAACUCAUUGGAAUUCAGUGAAGCUGUGGCACAUAACUGGUGGUAGGGCCCUGGAGGCUGAUACUGUUCCGGAAGAACAGUUUUUCACUUACUUUCUCGGCUUCAAUUUAUAAUGUUAGCAAAUUGGGUUUUAGUUUCUCUACUUCCUUUGAUCUGGGAGAAGACCAGUGUUUCCUCCCCAACAAUAAAAUGGUUUAUAGGAGAAAUGCUGUAUCCCACGGAGCAAUCUUGGGGUGACACCCUUUUGCUGCUGGUGUCUGCUAUGUUCUGCUCUCUCUCAUGUGUCGACCGUGCUGCUGCUUAUAUCCAAAUCUGGUUGACAGUGGGGAGGAGGCACGUGGCAUCAUUCCUCCCCCUGUCCCGAGUGUCCUGGCUGCAAGGGGAACAGUUGGCAUAGAGGUCAAGUUUCUUUGUCAGCUGGGAACUUGUGGGUCCUUCCUUCCUCCCCCCACCUCCUCCCAAAAAAGUCACCUAGCCAGGUGGCAGCGGAUUGCAGCCUCCCGCCUGCCGGGACAGCAGGAAGCGGCUUAGGGCAGAGGAGAUUCCAGCCCACAUCUCCUCAGGAGAUCUUUCUGCAGGAACAUUUUCCCUCUAGGUAGAAAUUUGUUCCUGAAUGCAGCAGGGACUCUUGCAGUUCUCAAAAUGGAUGUGUGCAAAAGUGAGAUUUGAGAAGUCUUGAGCCUGGUGGUCUCAUGGCACCUAAAGAUUUUUCACCGGAGGCCAGGGCAACUGGAAAAUUUUUAGUGCUGCUGUUCAGCUGUUCCUGCUGUUAGAGUUCAGUGCAGAGGGUAACUAAUGUACUUAGAAUGGUAAAUAUGUAGUUAGGUUCCGUUCUUUAACUUAAACAUUAGCUGGAGGAACCUUUCCCCUAGCUAUAUGGAUUUAAAACCAGUAUUUCUAAAAAUGCUACCCAAAACAUUUCUUUUCCAGUUACACGGCUUUUUUCCUUCCCAGGAUUGUUUUGACAGUAUGAGAUUACAAUAUUCGCAGCCAAAAAGCUUUCGGAAAAAAGGUUAAAACUCAGAAUACACUACAUUAAUGUAAAGUAAAAUAUCUUUAUCUGAAAACAAAGGUUUGUACGUACACAGGGGCUUCAGGAGUGGGGUGGGUUGCCUAGAGUUUUUGGGUUUGCUGUUACCACCAGACUCACUAAUCUAAGUGUGGAGUAGUCUGUCCAUGUGAGGUAGUGGAGCAGGUGCUAAGAGCUGCUUUGCCUAGAGAGCACCUCUGAAUUUUAUUUUCCAUAUUCCCUGUGUUCUUCCUGUCUCCCAAACUGCCUCUCGUAGCCUUUUCCUUUCCCCUCUCACCUCCCACUGUCAUUUGUUCAUAUUUGUCUCUCAUUACCUCUCAUAUGCUCCCUGCUGCAGGUGUGAUGGUAUUUUUUUACAUAGCAGAUAUAAACUGUGGGUUUACUUUUUUCCUGUUUCUUCAUUGCGAAAUGUUAUUUUUCAGCAGAGUAGGUGUGUCUCUUCCAAGAACAGCUGAAAAAUUGCAUUCCUCAAAACCGUUCACUGUCUCUGGCUUUCAAACAGAUUGAAUCUACUAGUUACCUCAGUUAAGAUUCCCUUUUCCAAAAUAGCCAUCACAUUUUCCAAAAUAUAAUGGCCCUCAGGCCUGAUGAUAAGGAACAGAUGAAUGGCAGCUGGUUUUGGUAAGGAUGGGUGGUGGGCUGCCACCCUGAGGGAACGUGCAGGAUGGAGCUGUUCUGAAAAAAAGGGCGACUGGUUCCAUCAACAAUAUGUAACCAUUCAUUUAUUUAACACCUAUAUAAACAAUAAUGUUAACUGAC